UCGGUCGGAGCGCGAAUCGGUCGUUCGUGGCCGGCCGCCAUUUUGUUUGAUUUAAAAAUAAACGCGGACUAUUAACUCCAUGAUUUUUGUGUUAAGUGGGACUAUAUGUGUUUUUGUGUAGUGAAUUGCGAUGAUUUUGUACCGGUCAUCAAAUAAAAACAAUCUACAAAAUUAACUCUUAUUAGUAACGUAAAAAUCAUAAAUGGAGGUAGUUAGAUAACGCGGAACAGAGACAGAGCUACUUGGAACCGUGUGUUAGAACGAGAGGGAUGUCUUUGGUGGCUCCUAGAAGGGUCCAAUUGGACUGGGCCCACUCCAUACCAUGGGAACAAGAGCCGAAGUGCGAGAGGGAGUCGCCGUUCAAACAGAAGCCGUCGCAGCGGUCCAACAGAUCAGAGUCAUCGUCAUCGUCAGCGGACACAGCGUCGCAGGGCUCCGGUUCGGCGGCCGCCCCGGCGCCAAGGGCGAAGCGACAUGAGCCACAGAGAGAAGAGAAACGAGAGGAAGCCGCCCCGAGAGUACAAACAAACCCAUUAUUGAGAUCCCGUACUCUACCAAACUUCGGCGGGCAUCGAUCCCGCUCGGCGUCCCGCUGCGACACCUCGCGGCGGCUCCACCACAUCACCAUGGCCACCGAGGAUCUGCUGCAGCCAGGACACAUCGUCAAGGAGAGAUGGAAGGUGGUAAAGAAAAUCGGCGGCGGCGGUUUCGGCGAGAUCUACGAGGGCAUGGACCUGGUGACACAGGAGCAGGUGGCCCUGAAGGUGGAGUCCUCGCGGCAGCCCAAGCAGGUGCUCAAGAUGGAGGUGGCCGUGCUGAAGAAGCUGCAAGGCAAAGAACACGUCUGCCGUUUCAUAGGCUGCGGCCGCAAUGCCCGCUUCAACUACGUGGUGAUGCAGCUACAAGGGCGGAACCUCGCCGAGUUGAGGCGGGCACAGCCGAGAGGCGCCUUCUCACUCUCCACUACACUCAGAUUGGGACUACAAAUACUCAAAGCCAUAGACUCUAUACACUCGGUCGGAUUCCUGCACAGAGAUAUAAAACCUAGCAACUUCAGCAUAGGCAGGCAUCCGUCGAACAGCCGCAAGGUGUACAUGCUGGACUUCGGGCUGGCGCGCCAGUACACCACCUCCAGCGGGCAGGUGCGCCCGCCGCGCACCGCCGCCGGCUUCCGCGGUACAGUACGUUACGCGUCCAUCAACGCUCACAAAAACAAGGAGAUGGGACGCCAUGAUGAUUUAUGGUCACUCUUCUACAUGCUAGUGGAGUUUGUCAAUGGUCAGCUACCGUGGAGGAAGAUCAAGGACAAGGAGCAGGUCGGCGUGAUGAAGGAGAAAUACGACCACCGGCUCCUCCUCAAGCACCUGCCCUCGGAGCUCCGCCAGUUCCUGGAGCACGUCCAGCAGCUGGAGUACGCUGACACGCCGGACUACACCAUGCUGGCGUCACUGCUGGAGAGGUGCUGCAAGAGGCGCGGUAUACGCGACUGUGAUCCGUACGACUGGGAGAAGGAUACGGUGGUAUCACGCACGCGAGCCUCUGUACACCCCGUGCCUGAGCACGCGUUACCUACAGACACACAGCCGGACAAUAGUCGUCGUCGUCUCGACACCGAAAUCGGUACAGCAGCUGUCGCAGAGACGGCGCCAACGCCCGUCACUGUAACCACGGAAUUGAGGAGAACGGCGCGGACGCAACCUGUCUCGCCGAGACACGUGAUGCUUAACGGAUGUUCGAUAGCGGACAAGCAGGAGAAGGAAACGGAAGUGAGAACGACGCCAGCGCCAUCCCCCGACAGACAUGUGAAGGAAACGAGCACGUCUGCCAUGACGGGCACCACGAGCCGCCCGGAGAGGCAGAGCGUGCCGCCCUGCAAGCCCAGGGCUCCGGCGCCCGGUGGCGGUCCAACAUUAGCCCGGCUUCGGGUGGUCACGGCUCCACCAACGUGCGUACAAGAUUUGGCUUCAACAUCGCCGGCAACGCCCGGCGAAGCAGUGAGCCCGCGUAUAGUAGCCGACGUGGACAGUGUACACUCAGACACGCAUUUCAAAAGAGGCCCGCGCCGCAGCCGCCCGCGCGCCGACCAGAGCUACACGCAAUUCGCCGUGAUGGACGAUGAGAACGUGUCCGCUUUACAACAGGUGACUAAGGGAGGUGCGCUAACGCUGGUGUCACUAUGGAAGUCUCAAUUCGACGACUCUGAGGAGACCACGGACAAUGAGUGGAAACAGGAACAAUUACAAUCCCCAGAACACCGGUGCAGUCGGAACCCCCAGACUGGCGUCUCGGCCGUGUCCAGUUGUUCCAACGCGCCCAGAACGCAGGUGGUCAACAAUGCGCAGGCGCAGCCGCCGGCGCAGACGAACAAACAGACGGAGCAGACUGGUACCUCAGCGGUGUCGAGCUGCGCUAACGCGCCCAGAACGCAGAUGGUCAACAAUGUGCACGCGCAACCGACGGUGGAGACGGACAAACAGCCUGAACAGCCGGCCACGUCCCCCGGCGCGGCGGCGCGCACAGAGCCCCCGCGCGCGCCCGCCACCCUCAACAUCCCCGGGAUCGCUGCCUAUCCCCAGCUGAGGCCCGCCUUGCCGAGGUGCUGGACCUCACCUGCCAUCGGUUCCCACGUGCGCGAGCUGUCGCCGCCGCUGCUGCAGCAGGCCAGCUUCGAGUUCGCGGGCGGCAGCCUGCGCUACCGCCUCGACGUCAUGCGCGGCGUGGCGGCGCGUGCGCAGCUCGCCGCAGCAGCGCCGCGCGCGCGCAGCCUGCCCAGCAUAUCGUCUAGGGCUUCGCCCCCGCGGCCGGCGUCGCCGCCCCGCGCCGAGGCCACGGUCUCCAGCCGCCUCGAGAUCCGCGUGCGCCCGCCCGACAGCCACUCCGCCGGACACUCGGUUAAAAUUCACUCCGUUGUGAGCGGCGGGGAGCCGCUGAGACCCAACGAGGAGGCUUCCGUGUAUUACGACGCCACGGAGCACCACAGGGACAAACGAUCCUCAACCCGGAGCGUGGGCGAUAAAAGCCAAAGCCCUGCCGUGGAGAAGACGAGGCUUGACGCUAUUCCUGACAGUCCUGUCGUGAAACGUGAAUCUUCCAGUGGUGGUGGCGACGGCUCGCAAAGUUUACGAGACCGUUCGUCCGGCAGUACGUCCCGCAUUCCCGUGUACGAGAGCCGGCUCGCCAAAUGUCUGUCCUGGAGCGGCGACGGGCCCUUGUCGCCGCCUGACCUCACUCCAGCGCUGAGACGUCGCCGGCUGAACGGCAACGAGAAGUACGCGGUGGACCCCGCGCGGGAACUGAACCUGAGGUUCGCGCGCCCCAGGCACCGGCAGCCGCCGCAGCAACGCGACAGGAGCGGGUCGCGCGGCGUGCCGGGCGCGCUGCUGGCGUCGCCGCCGCGCUCGCCGUCGCCGCCCGCGCCGCCGCCCGCGCCCCGGGCUCCGGCGAACCCCGCGCGCGCGCGCCGCUUCCGCCCGCUCGAGAUCGCGCCCUAGGUUGCCAGUGACAAUGCAACAUCGUCUAUAAGUGGACGAGUUAACAUACAUAUACACUUAAAGCCUUAACUAUCAUAAUGUAUGAAUUUACUACACGAAAACACAUAUCUUGUUACCCCUUAUAUGUCAUUUAGUUUGUCCAAAUAUCAUGUGAAAUGGUAUUUUGUGGUCUUAUUAAAUAAUAUAUAUAUAUGUAAAUGCUGUAUUAUAAUAAAUGUAUAACUGCAUACAAGCGUCGAAUCGGUAAUGUGCCCGGUUAAAUUGCGUGAUGCGCAGAAAGGCACAGGUUCAAAUACCACCACGCGCCGUGUACCAAUGACUGUAUUCGAAGUUUGUUACAUUAGUUUUAAUACUAACCAGUAUUCUUGCGGUGAGGGAAAACAUCGUUAUUAACUUGCACAUUCAGGCAACUGGAUGUGUGACCAUGAUCGAUCCAAUACGGGUUAGGUUUCGGAGGUCAGACGGGAGUUGAUUGGUGUAAAAACCUGACUCACCCAAUCCAGGAUCCAUGGUCAAGAGCUUACCCCGGACUCCUCUCCAGAGUGGUGAGGAUGCAACCGGGACUGAAGCCCUAUAGAAAUAUAUAAAUGCAAUUAUACCCUGAAAAGAUAAUUUACCAUCUUGAACCGACCGAGCAUAUAUUAUAUGUAUAUAUAAAUAAACAUAUUGUAUGAUUUAGAUUCUGACAUAUAAGUAACAAAACACAGCCAAAAGCACGCUUACUAAUAAAUUCAUAUAUUAUAUAGAGAUAAAGUUUGUUUUGAGACAAAAAUAUACUAUUCUAGAUGUUACCCGUAAAUAUGACCGAUAAAUUUGUAAGUAUUUCUUUAAAAAAAUAAAAAGAUCCGUAUAACCGUUUAAACGUGAAAGUGUAACAAACAGACUUUCGCAUUUAUAAUUCUAAUAAUUAAAAAAAAAGUCGCGGGCGACAACUAUGUUAUAUAUUUUUGCCUCAAUAAACAAUAAAAUGGAUAUUAGUUAAGCUAUUUUAGUUCUUAUUGCGAUAAAAAUAAGAAUGUUAAUAGCGCUGUCAAGGGGACGGAGUUAUGUGUGUACCUACUAGAAUAUGACAUUGACAUAAUAAUAUAUGCACAGAGUUGACUGACAAAAAAAAUGUAAUGUACAGUUGAAUCUAUAUGCAAAGAGUUGACUGACAAAAAAAAUGUAAUGUACAGUUGAACCAGAUGUGAUUUUAAACAGGACAUCAAUUCGAUUAAAAAAAAACAAUUAAUUCAAAUAGUUUGUCGAUAGUGACAGUGGAAUAGUUUUUUUACGCGCUGUGAUUGGUCACUGGCAUGUGUCGUCCGAGAUGUCGCCACAUACCCUUCGCUGUUAUUGGCUGAGCGCGAGAGAGGCAGUUGUAGGUUAUUUAACUCUUCUUCAUAAGAUGUUUUGUCAUAUGUCAUAUCUAGCACAUUUCUCGUAUCAUUAUACGCCUUAAUCGGAAGUGUUAAGGUUCAUAAUAUUGUUUAGAUCUCUGUAGAUGGGCUUUCAGCUUCUAGUACAUUUUGAUGGGGACGCUCAAUCGUAUGAUCUCCAAAUUGUGCUAAAUAAAUUAACAAAAUUAGGACUCGUUCUCGGAGGGGUAGGCAGAGAUGAAAUGUUUCCAAUUGCCACGUUCCCUACAUACUUAAUUCGCUUCAUCCGCAUUCAUAACUCUCUUCGUGCAAGCUCGUCGGUUUCGGGCACUCUGACGACGUAACAGAUACAUCACUUUGAAAAUCACAAAUAUACAAUUACAUACUGGUCCUAGAAUUGUAGUUUUUAAAUAAAAAUUACGGUGCAUAUGGUUUUUAUUAUACAUCAGAGUUGGAAAGGUAAAAAUUGAAGAGGAAAAAAUAAAUUUAAUAAAUAAAUUGGAGUUUACAAAUGGGCGAUCGAGCGUUGCCGAUCAAUUGUAAAUAAUUGAACGCUGGGCCACUUUUGACGCAGUUCGCUGUAUGACGCAGGGACGGAUUAAGAUAUAAAUUUUAAUUUUAUUUGACAUAUUAUUCGUCUACUAUGGAGAAAUAUGUUUUUUUUUUUUAAUAAUUUAUAUUGACAAUGGUGCUCAUUAAUUAUUAUUAUUGUUUAAUAAUUUUAUUAUGAUUAUUUAAAAAAAUAUAUAUUUGAAAUUGUUUGAAAUUCACUCUCGUUUGUUGCUCAUUUACAUAAUUUUUUUUUAAGAAAUUGAAAAUAAAAAGUAAUAUUAUUUAUUUUAAAUAUUUCAUAAUGAAUAAAUAGUAGACGAAUUUAGAAGAUCUGAUAGCUCACUUAAUUUUAUUUCUUUAUUUAGUACACUAAAAGUGAUUUUAUAUUACUUAUAAUAAAAAGCAUUUGCGCGUAGGGAAUAAAUAUUAUAAAUAAACAUAAUAUAUAUAUUGCCAAUCACUAUUUGUAAUACGUACUAUAAAAUGCAUUUGACAAAGGUAAUUUAAUAUAAUGAUUUUGGUAUUGUAAAGGCGCUAUGCUGAAAAUUGUUAUAUUUAUAUCAAUAUUUAUUUAUUGUAUUUUCUAAUAUAUUAAACGAGUAAGAUAUUUUCAUUUUUAAAUUUUUUAUCUUGAUUUUAAAACAAUAUAAUUAUUUGGGUUAAAACGAGAAAAUAAAUUAUGUCGUAAUAAAAAUUAAUCGUUGAACAAAAUUGUACAAAUUUAUUUAUUUUUAACAAAUGUUAUUUACUUGUGCUAAGUUGUGGUUUUUAUUUAUUUUUUUUUUUCUUUCGCGUUGGUAAUUAGUACAUUUUACUAAUAAAAUGGUUGCAACAGUAUGACUGUUUUAAAAUUUUGUUUAUUUGGACGCCACAAAGUGGCUUAGUUUUAUUUACUUUUAUGCGUUUUGAAAGCAUUAUUUAUUAGAUUGUAGUUUUUUUUAACCGUCAUUCAUAUACUCUUAAAUUUAAUGUUGUAUAAAAUUUGAAGUUCGACCCUGGCUAAAUCAAUUUCUUUUUUUAACAUGCAAUGAAUUUAAUUAAAAAUUUAUUCCAGUGAUUUUUUGUUUACUUUAAAUAAUCAAGUUACAAAAACGAAUUUCAUUAGUAAAAUGUUAUUAGUAACGCGAAUAUUAUAUAAAUAUUGUACAGAGGAUUUUGAAUCGAGUUAGUAGGUAUAUAGUGUUGAAGGUAAUUUCGGAUGGAGGAAUGUGGAAAGGUCGCGCAAAUAUUGUAUAAAGAAAAAUGACAAAAAAAAUUGCUCCUAAACCGGUUAAUAUACAUUUUAAUUUGAUUUGUAACUUUUUCCAGUUUUUUUUUUUGAUGUAUUUACGUUCUUAACAAAAUUAAAUAUUUUUGGAAGUGAAAAAAAUAAUAAUAUUAAAUUGUUCUAGGGGCAGUUAUUGAGAAAUUGUAACAAAAUCUGUUUGGAAUGAUAAUGUAAAAAGGUAUUUUGAUUGAUAUAAAAUUGUACUUGAGAUUUGUCAAAAAAAAGCCGUUAUAUUUUUUUUCUUUUUUGAUGUAAAAAAAAGGACAAACAAAUCUUACAUCAUAAUGACGGCAUUUUUCGAUAGAUCUUGAAACGAAUAGUUUUUCAAAAUUUCUCGUAAUAUAUAUGAAUGUUGCACUUACAAAUUUAAAAAUCUUUUCUAAUAAGCUAUGUUGCGUUGUUCCUGAUUAUUUUGGAAUGUGAAAUAAAUAAAGUCAGAUUUCCAAAUGGUCGUACUGUGGACCUUAUAGUUGUUAAAACAAUGUAGGUUAUCUUAUCGUGUUUAAGUGUUGAUAUCGCAGGAGCAACGUAACACAGUUUCGAUUGGUCUAUAAGAAUGUAUAAUAAAAAACAAUUAUAUAUAUAAUAUAUACAUACGUUACGUAGACGCCAUGAAUUCUAGUCUCGCUACGUAGAUUAUAGAGAAUUGUAAUUUGUUUAAUUAUUAAAAAUAUUAUGCCCAAUCGGUGUGCUAUUAGAAAAUUGAUGGUGAAAGUGUACUUACUUUGAAAAUUAAUCAAUAUUUUGGCAAUAACGACAACUAGGUAUUUGGAUCUAGCUAAAGGUCUCAAUUUUUCUAAUAGUAGACGGAUAUAGUUUUAAGUAUUGCGGAUAAUGAGAGAGGUGCGCCAUUUUGUCGACGGCGGCCAUCUUGAUUGUCGGAUGAUUGCUUUCACCGCGGCCACUUUCCCGCCGAAACGCGUUAAAACUUGCGGUUUUGUAUCUGGUCAUGUUUUUCACUUGUCCCAUUGACAUUUACGUGAUAUUGACUAUAUUUGAACUAACAUUUAUAUCUUGAGAUAAAUUUUCAUGUUACAAGAACGACAUAAUAUAAAUAUUUGAAUAAUAAACAAAAAAAUUUAAAGUUGUACAAAAUUAUAGGACGCUUAAUGCAUGUGGGUAAUUAACACAUAUUUUUUUUUCAAACAUAAUCUAAUUGUAAAGUUAUUCUUACGAGAUUUGUGACAAGUGAAAAUAUUGAACCGGUUUUGUUGUGAUUGUGGCCACAGCUUUGGGGUGCAGUCCCUCAUCUAGUCUAUAAUUGCUUCCGUCUUGAUAGAUGUAAAAAGUGCUACUUAUGUACGGGAUCAGAAUUUGAUUUAAGUUGGUCCUCUAUCUCGCUCUGUUUUCGUAGGAGUGAAAUGGAUGACGUUAUACAUGUUUAGGCGUUUACUGUGCACAGGUUAGACUUGAAAUUGGUUAGUUCGAAACUACAAAAUCGUUUGCGAUUGACGUACAAAAGAACAACUUUUGGGUGUCUGCUUUUAAUCAAUUACUUUAUUAAUUAAACAUUAAUAGCGUAUAUAAAAUUAAGGUGUUACAAGAAAAAAAUAAUAUAAUACAUAAAUUAAUUAUUAUAUUUAAUAAAUAAAAUUACAGAAGCCUAUUUUGCUAUCUUGCAAUACUUGUUCCCGUAGACAACCAAUAAUAAGACGGAUAAAAUAUAUUUUUCAACAAUUCUCUAAGAUUUCCCUCUGUGUGUAGUACGCCUAAACUGCUAAUAAAAAACAUCUGUCAAACUAUCGAUAUCGCCGUCUCACUGUGACCCUCGGGUCUAUUCACAAACGUCAAUGAAUGUUCCAUCUCUUUCUGUCUUUAUAGGUUUACGGAAGGUAUGGAGCGGGAGGGAAAAUAGACAUUUGUCAACGUUUGUCAGACGGCGGUACGCGAUAACAAAUGUCAAAAUGACAGAUAAUUUUUGUUGGCGCCAAAUUCUGCGGACGCUUAAAGUUAUGAAUGAGACUAUUUUUUGUCAAUAAUGUGUAAUAUAAUGUUGUUACUUAGCCACUAUAAUUUUGUUUCGUGCGGUUGAGACGAGGGCGCACGCUGUUUUUCGUUUUAAUUUGCCAUAUUUUUUUUUUUAUAUCUACAAAAAUGUGCACAAUGAAAUUCAAAUAAAAGGUAUUUGUCCUUGAAA